UAAAGCUUUGUAAACCCUAUUUUGAUUCCUCACGCCUCUCUCUUGCUCACCCCUAAUUGCUUCUAAACCCUUGAGAGCAAUUUCGUCAGAAUGAUUUCGAUUUGAAGCCUUGAAGCUCCACUGUCUCUCUCUCUCUCGAUUCAUCCUUUGUUCUCUGCGAUAUCGAUCUGAAGCUCUAGGAGAUUGCGAAGAGAGAAGAGGGGUUGGUUUCGAUCGCAGAGGAAUUGAUCUCAGGAGAGGCUGUGCUUGAUUUCUCAAAUUGGUCUCAGAGCGAUUUCAAUUUUGAGAUUCAUCCCAGAGCGAUUUCGAUUUGGAAGUACUCUCUCUCGAUUUUGAAGCUUCACCGUGAGUGUUACAAUAUUAUUCUUAACAGUAUAGAUGUUCAGUAUUCCAGAAAGAAGUUGAUAAUAUUUGCUCAGAAAUUAUUUCCAGGCGUCGCUGAAUUGCUCUCUUUGUUGAGCCCUCUCCCUUUGCUUACGUGUCCGAGUAUAAAACUCGAUUCCAGAAUUUUAUUAGAUAUCUAUGAGAAAUGGGAGAUGAGGUAAAUUCCAGAGGUUCUGAUAGUGUGGAAGUGAAUGAUUGUAGUAGAGGUGAUUACCCACCUCUAGUUGUGGACUUGUCUGAUAAUUCAGCCUCUGACUGUGCUGCUGUGGAAGAAAUUAGAGUGCCAACAAGGAGAUCUUUGAGGAAUCAAGAGGUACUUGGCACUCUAAUUUCUGAUAGAAUAGAUAGAACUGCUAAUAACACUAGAAAGAAUAUGGCAUGGAAGAGGAGAAAAAACCCGAUUCUUGAAGAGACUGCGGUGACUGAGGGUGCUUCCUUUUUUGAAGAACCUCCCACAUGGUCUAAACAUAAUGUUGAAACUACAGAUUUUGAAGAAGCCAGGGCUCUCAAAAUGGCGAAUUCAGUGGAGAUUCUAGCUACCAAGUCUGUGAAGUUGCAGAAUGAUCCCAUAGAGAAAGAAACUUUGUUUUCUGUUAAUCUGAGGUUGACUAAGAGAAUCCCCUUCAAGAUGAUAUUAGUAGGGUCAAUGAGGAUGAUUUAGCACUACACUCCAGCAAAAGAAGUACAGAAUUUGAGUCCAAUAAUUUGUUUUGAACCUGAGGAAGACUUGAAAGUGUCUAUGGAUGCAGGUGUCCCUCAAGCCACAUCAGGAGAUGAUUGCUACUCACUGCUAAACAUUCUGAGGACUUAGAUCUAGUGAAGGAAAGAAAGAGAUGAAGACCCCACCACAACAGGCAAAUACAUAGACUCAAGUUGUGUUGUGGCCCAUAAUGGAGUUGAUGAUGACAAAGCUUCUGUUUUUGCAAGGCAGAACUUACUAGAGUUUGAAGAUGGUGACAGCCCUGGUGAAUUAAAGAACCUGGUGUUGGUUGUUGAGGACUAUUUAGCUGAAUCUAAUGAAUGCAGUAGUUCAAUGAAAACCUCUGAAAAUGUAUAUGUGGAAGCUGGGAAAAUUAGCAUUGUUGAUCUCUCUGAGAUGGAAAGAAUCAGGCCCACUACAGAUUCUGGAUUGUCUGAGAGAGAAGUUGCAGACAGUGCCGGCAAUCCAGCUUUGAGCAGCAGUUAGAAAGUUUCUGAAGAUACUUACAUAAGAAGACAGGAAUCUAGCAGCAAUUCCUGUUCUGAAGAUACUUACAUAAGAAGAUAUUGACUUAACUAAAUGGUGAAUCUCAUGUACACCAAGGUGGCCUCAGCUCUGGUGCCAGAAGGAAGAGAGGCAACUGAAGUUGAUCAAGUCAACCUGUUUGAUGAUCAUGAACAAAAUAGUGAAUCUCAUGUACACCAAGGUGGCCUCAGCUCUGGUGCAGAAGGAAGGGAGGCAACUGAAGUUGAUCAAGUCGACCUGUUUGAUGAUCAUGGUUUGACAGUUUCCUCUCUUGUUCCUAUUGACUGCAAUGAAGACAGAGGCAAUGGUCCUGCUUCUUUGGACAAGUCUUUCGGGGAGGAUAAAUAUGUAGCAAAGGAGAAGGUUGUAGGUGGCAUGAUGGAUAAUCUUUCAAUUGACGCUACAGAUGGCUCCAACGUUGGAGAAAAUGUUUUUAGUGAACAAAAAUUUUCUGACACGCAACUGGUUGGCCAAGAUGUGCUGGAGGAAGAUGCCUUUGUGAGUGGCGUUGGUGGUUUGGCAUUAAACAAUUUGUAUCCAGUCUAUGAUUUUCGUGCAGUUCAAAUUAUCAACUCCAAGAGAAACUACAAGAAAAAUGUGCUAUAUAUUGUUAAUUACUGGUUCACUACAUUAACAUAUAAAACUAUGAGUAUACAAUAUCUUCAGUUUCAGAAAAUAUGAUUAGACUCUGUAGCAUUCUUAGUUUGUAAUAUCUUUUACAAAUCAAUUCUGCAUGUAUAUUGAGAAGUGCUGUAGCAUUCUUGGUAGG